AUGAAUACAUGUUCCACUCGUAAUAAUAAUACGUGUGUUCGAAACGUCAUUGAAAAUAAUUUUAUUCUUACUCAAAAACAACCAUCAAAAGCACCAAAAUUUAAGUUAUUUAAUAAUAAAGCUAGAUUAUUACCAGUGUGUGUUGAACCAAUUCGAACAACAAAAACAGCAAUAUUUAAACGUAAUAAAUUAAAAAAGAAAAAUCUUCCAUUUGUUAAUUUAGCCAAUGUUAAUAAUAAUAAAACAGUGAUUAAAAAAACAAAAAUGAUUGAUCCAAAUACGACAAGAAAUUUUGUUUAUAAUCAUUUUGAUUCAUUAUCUGCCGAUGUUAAUGAUUAUAUUGAAACAAAAAAAGAACCUCUCGAUUAUUAUUAUGAUGAUAUUGAUGAUACAUUUGAUAAUUCAACAAUAAUAACAUCGAAUAACGAUAAUUUAUUUCGUAGUAACAGUAUUGAUAACGAAAGUGAUAGUGGAACGUGCAUAGAAGAAAUUAACACGAAAGAAUUAGCACAACGAAUUACAAAUGAAUUGAAACGUUACACGAUACCUCAAGGUGAUUUUUUUUAUAUAAUUCAAGGCACAUUAUCAGAUUUAUUGCGAAAUCCAAAACCAUGGUCAAAAUUAAAAUCUGGAAGAGAGACAUUUCGAAGAAUGGAAAAGUGGCUUCAAGAACCAGAAGAAGAAAGGAUGGCGUCAUUGAGAAUAGCUGCUUCGUCGUAUUUGGCAUGUAAACGAACGCCAGACGAUGAAUUUUUAAUUUCAUCGUCAAAUACCAUAAAGUUAAAAGAACAAAUCAGUCCCUUACCAUCACCACCUUCGUCAACAACAUCAUCUGUGUCACUAUCACCACCUCAACAAUUGAACAAAAAACCUCGUUCACGUCUAAUUUUUACCGAUAUUCAAAAACGUACGUUACAAGCAAUAUUUAAAGAAACAAAACGUCCAUCAAAAGAAAUGCAACAGACUAUCGCUCAGCAAUUAAAUCUUGAUGUUAGUACAGUAUCAAAUUUUUUUAUGAAUGCCAGACGAAGAUCAAUGGACAAAUGGAGAGAAUAUCAAGCAGCGAAGUCAACAACAGCAUUUGAAUUUUAG